AUGUCAUCGAAUGAUCGACGAACUUGGUCAUUGGAGGUAAUUCAUAUUUAGGAAGAUGAGGCGAUCAAAGAACUUGUCCUUGGUAUGGGAAUCAGCAAAUGGUGCCAGGUCGCAGGUCUCCUCAAAAAGCAAUAUGGGAUCAAGAAUCGGACUGGAAAACAAUGUAGGGAACGAUGGCACAAUCAUCUCGAUCCUUCCAUAAACAGAGACCCCUGGACUCCAAAAGAAGAUAAACUAAUCCUAGAACUCCAAAAAAAACACGGAAACAGCUGGUCUGAAAUCGCAAAGUUUCUCCCUGGCCGCACAGAUAAUGCAAUUAAAAACCGUUUUUAUUCCACGAUUAGAAGGAAUCUACGGAAAUUCAACAGGAAAAGACCAAAAAGCUUAAAAAUUACAGGACCGCUUAAAAGCAUCCUUAAAGACAGUGAAACUGUCGAGCUUAUUUUUAAAGAAAAAGCUCCUCCAAGAAGAAAAGCUUAUAAGGAUGAAGAAGACUCAUCAGAUUCUGAAAGUCUUUCUGGGUCUUUUGAAGAAUUGGAACAACAAAAGGGUGAUACAAAAAAUAUCGCCAUAUCAGAAACUGAUGAAACAGCACUGUCAGUUACAAACACCUGUACAGUUUUACAAGAAAAUAUUCAAAAUAUUGAUGCAUAUAAUACUACUUACAGUUCUAGCGUUGAAUGUAGUUAUCCUUUUGUAAAUUACAGAAAUGCCAUCCAGUGGCAAUAUUAUACAUCAGCAUGGGCAAGCUAUAUGAAUCUCAAUAUGAUUCAGCAAUUCCAAAGAUUGCUUUCACAAUAG